AUGAAGGCGGAAAUUAUAUCGAGAUGGAUCAUGGACAAACUCGUUCCUUUCGGAAUUGAUGAUGACAUGGUCGGAGAGUAUCUGGGAACUGUACUCGAGGACGACAGCUAUGACUUGGACUAUAAAUUGGACUUUGUGCAGUCCUAUAUUCAGGACUUGUCAGAACAAAAUAUUAAACCUUUUCUAGACGAUCUCCGGGAGUUUUUGUCUGAAGAGAGUGAUUCGAAAGCUGUUUCGGAGACGGUAAUUGAAAAAACGCACACACCUACACUCCGAGAACGAAUUAAUAAGGAGCGAGAAGAGGCCAAGAGUCACGAAACGGAGAGAAAGGCGAUAGACAUUAAGCAAAUGAAGCAGAGAGAACAGCUGUUGAAUACUUAUGGCUUUGAUGUGGUGGAGACAGAUCAAGAUGGGAACCUGAUCUAUCGAGAAAAGAAGGUGAUUCCGGAGGAAAGCGAGCCGCUAGAAGGAAUCAACCAAAAUGCACUGCGAGUGAAGAUGGCAGAGAAAAUGAAGAGAGAAGAAAUGAAAGCCGCUCACGAUAGUGAGGUGAAGAGGAACAAGGAAUUAGAAGCCAAGCGUAAAGCCGAUAAGGAAAAGCGCAAAACCCAAAAGCAAGAGCGGAGAGGCCGCGGAGAGACCAGAUGGUGA